AUGGAAACGCAAGAAUACACCAGCAGUCCCUCCAGCACGCGGAGCCGACAGACAGCUCUCUUAACAUACCCAAAAGAUCUCUCCACCUAUCCUUCAUGGUGGACCCGGAUGAGCUUGGACAACUGGGUAUGGGAAUUGUCAGCAGCCCUGCUAUGUAUCUGCAUCCUGGCUGCCAUUGCCGCCAUUCUUUUUGUAUACGACAACCGCCCUGUUCCAGAUCUACCAGAUGGAUUAACCAUCAACGCAAUAGUUUCCCUUUUGGCAGGUUUUGCAAAGGCUGCUCUGCUAGCAGUAUUGGCAGCUGCCAUACGUCAGGAGAAGUGGCUGUGGUUCAUUGGAAAACCGCGACCACUCAACACCGUUGACGCCUUCGAAGAGGCCAGCCGUGGCCCUUACGGUUCACUUCUCCUCAUCCUGAGCCGUCGAGGCAGUCUUCGAGCACUGGUCGCCGCAUUGGCCACCGUCCUGGCUCUCGGCUUCGAACCUUUUCUUCAGCAGGUCUUGAAUACCGUUGUUCGCGACAGCCCUGUCUCCUCCGAACCUGCCUCGAUUCGGACCCCGACUUCAUACAAUGAAUCAGUGAUUGGAGACCUGGGUGGUUCAGGUCUGUCACUGAAUGCAUUGAUCGGAGCAUUUGGAGGGGCCGCUGGGGCAAUCCCCAAUCCCAUCUGCCCAAGUGGAAAUUGCACAUGGCCAGUGUACAACACUCUUGCAAUGUGCACCAAGUGCACUGACAUGACUAGUCAUGUCAAACUUGGGGGAGAUGCAUACAACAUCAACAUAACCUCGCUCUUCGAGGACUUCUCGCUAAGCAAUCGGACGUCGUCAUCCACCACCUGGACGCCAACCUAUUCCUUCCCACAUGGCAAUCUCAUCAACGUCUCCGUGAAUCUUGACUUGUCAUCGGCGGGGAGCAUGGUGGAAUGGUUCGUCACGUACCCUCGCCGCGUGGUAUGGCCCCUGAACAUUGACCCGACGCCGAACAGUCACUGGGGCAAGAGCUGGGACAACAAAUCAUAUGCUGGUAUCUCUUCCCCUCUAUUUGCCAUGGGCUAUCUCGACAUCAACACAACGUCCUCUUUCGACCAACUGGUCGUCCAAGGAGCCACGGAGUGUGCAUUUACACCCUGUGUGCGGACUAUGGACACUGUCGUUCGCAGUGGCACGACCAUCUCCAAUGCGGCAGCCACAGACUACGGAACCAUUAUUAUCAGUCAAAGUCAACCCGAUGGCCGCAUUUUGACAGGCUGGAACGCGGACGUGAAUGGCACGAAUUAUUUCGCCUAUGAUUCCGGCAACGACGACUCUCAAGGUCGAGCGUACUUGCUCAUCCAAGCCCUUCGAAUAGCGCUCGAGGGAAACACCACGUACAGCUAUGGCGGCUACUGGUACCCAGAUCCCUCGCAGCAAGGAGACAUCUUCAAUUUCUCUUCGACCAGCUUCGACCAAAUCUCCGGGCCCUGGAGCUCUGCAGGUCAGCAGGCGAUCGACGGCAAUGGGAAUUUCAGCGACGUUGUGACCAGUGUCGGGCAGGCACUGACAGGUCGUUUCCAGCAGCUGCAAGAUACCGUGGCCACCGGCACCACUCUGCACAGCGAAGCGGUCAUAGUAGUCAGAUGGCAGUGGAUCAGCUACCCCAUGGCCCUCGUCGUGCUCGGGCUGGCAGGCCUGUUCCUGACGAUCUUUUCCACGCAUCGCAACUACAUGGCGGUAUGGAAGGAAUCGACGCUUCCUCUUCUCUUUCGCUACACAGCGCCAGUCGAAUUACAACAAGCCCAUCGUUCUCCAGGGGACAUGGCCCGACCUGGCACGAUAUUCUCGUUGUCAAAUACCGUCCCAGGCCCCGAUUCGAACAAGGUCAGCGCGAUCGUCACCCGGGCCUCAGAGGAGCAAGUACAGCUGCGGCGUCGGGACUCGUUCUGGGUUCUGGACUCAGAUCCGCCGCCGCCAGCAAACACCAAAGACAAGGUGUCGCACCAGCCAAUCUGGCAUCGAGCGUAG